AUGAUCAUAUUUCUUGGAAAAAUCGACGCUACUGGAUGUUUUUCAUAUUACUUUUGGGGGGAAACUGAGACAAAAGAAUAUUGGAAUUCAUCUCACAUUCCUCGAGAAUAUUACACAAGAGAAAAGAAAUAUUUCGAUACUGAUGUAGUCACACCUCAUGAAAGAGAAAUAAAAAAAUUCCACAGACGAAGCGAUAUCCCAACGGGAGGAAUGAGGAACCCAAUAAUCCGACGCUCACCCGAUGGCAAGAGUGAAGAUGCGCUAACCUUCCGCCAAUAUUCCUCACACGCCUUUCAAGUCGACCCUAGUCUUAAUUGUCAAAGAAAUUUCAAUGCAUUCGCCUCUGCCAACCUCCUCGACGGCCUAGAACACCACGGCCACCAUGGAGAACACGGAGAGCACGGAGACCACGCGCAUGGAGAACACGCUCAUGGUGAACACGGCGACCAUGCUCAUGGAGAACAUGGGGAUCAUGCUCAUGGUGACCACGCCCACGGUGAACACGGCGAUCAUGCGCAUGGAGAACAUGGAGAACACGCCCACGGUGACCACGGCGCUGGAGAUGCCCAUGGAGAACAUGCCCAUGGCGAGGCUCAUGACCACAGCCACGACAAUGUCCAGGUGAACCAGGACCCCUUCGCCAGCGCCCUCGCCAGCGAGCUCGGCGGCGGCUUCCUCUCCUUCCCGACCGACGAGCCCGUCGAGUUCUCCACCGCGCCCGCGCCCGCCACCGCCGCCCCCGCCUUCAGCUCCUUCGAACCCGCCGCGCCGUCCUUCGAGCAGGUGGCCCCCGCCCUUGAACCCGCCGCGCCGUCCUUCGAGCAGCCCGCAGCCGCCGAGACGCCCGCGACGCCGACCUUCGCCCCGGCCGCCGCCAACAGCCUCCAGUUCGCUGAAGAACCGAAGAGCAACGACAUCGCGGCGGCGGCGUCGUCUGCGGCAGGAGAAGCGAAGCAGCUGGACAGCGGCAGCGCCCCCUCGGCCCGCUCCUCCGAAUACCCCGAGUACGCUGUCGUGCCCCGGACGUCGUUCAGCUGCGCCGCGCAGGAGACCGGCGGCUACUUCGCGGACCCCGAGGCGGAGUGCCAGGUGUUCCACAUCUGCCUGAACGGCCAGAACAUGGGCUCCUUCCUGUGUCCGAACGGCACGCUCUUCCACCAGCAGUACUUCGUGUGCGAUUGGUGGUACAACGUGGACUGCGCCGCCGCCACGCAGAGCUACGGCCUCAACGCCCAGAUCGGGGUCGUGCCGGAGUAGCCUUUUCCUCUCCCUGCCUUCCGUGGGUCAAAGUUGUCGCCCGCGGAUGACUAGAUUCUCAUUCCUUUCCCUCGAAGUGUUGGGAAGGUGAUUUUUUUUUUGCAUUCGGAAAGGGAGUUGAAUAUAUUUGUGAUUCUGUGGGAGUUUAGGCUCGAAAAAAAUGGAUUCGAGAAAGCAAGUCAUAUGUUAGGAUAUAUUUUUUGGUCUAAUUAUCUCAUUUGCUUUCUUUUUUUUCUCUUCAGAAAGAAAAUAAUGCAAUAGUGUUCUUGCGCAUAGUGAUAUCAUAUCAAUAGAUUGCCUGGCGGCUCCCUUCCCCCCCCCUUCUACUACAUUUCAAACCCGUAGUGUAGAAUCAGCGAACUCGCCCCUCGAAAACAAAAAAACAAA